AGAGCUUUCCAAGCAUCAAAGCCUAGUAGUUCUGCGGGGACUGCCGUACCGAGAGGAUCACGUUCAUCUCAAUCGAAAUCUACCAACUUAUGCGUCGUGUGCCAACUCUGAAGCGUUGUAACCAAAACCCCUAAAUCGAUUUACUAUUUGUUGCCACUGGCAGUGUUUGUGUGAUUGAUUUGUGAGGUUCUAUAUCGGAUUACAGUGGAUUUGCAUUGCGAAAACAUUUAGGGGUGUGUGCGGUGGUCCGAGGAGGGCGCAUUAAGGACAACAUAGUUUGAAAAAAAAAGCCUAACCAGAGAGACGAGUAGUGCAAAGAUAGAGGGAAAAAGUGACUGACAAAUUGCUAAUGGAUUGUUGUUGGAGUCAGUUGGAGGCUUUUCUGAAAAACACCUAAUUUUCUUUGAUCACACCCCCUCCUCCAGCGAAGAACUUCGUGUGGAUGUGGAAGAUAACUCGUGACAAUGUGCAAGAAAGUGCGGUGAUAAAUUCUUCCCGACACAAAUGAUAAAUACAAGAUAAUACGUGUGGCAAAGAGAAGAAGGUGCCAAACGUAAGAGGAGAAGCCCCGAAAUUAAGGAGCAUUCCUUCAACCGCCAUCAGGAGCGCCUCCCCACACCCCCACAUCCAACCAUCGAGACACAAACCACAUCAACAUCCGCCAUUUUCGGAAAUUAUGCAGAGAAAACCUCCGGGCGUCAGGCAACUUCCCACGAUUUACGUGCAACUGUUGCAAAUAAUUGCCACAAUUAUAUUCGGAUGCUCGGGAUUUUGCCACGGUUCUGCUGAUUACGGAUUAAUGGGGAGACGCAGUAAAUAUUUAAUAUCACCAAUGCCGACGGCAGGGCUGUCACUUCCGGAGCAUAGUCAUCAGCCGCCACAUCCGGACGACACUAGCGACAUAGGGGGUUUGUCUGUGGUAAUUGAACACGACGACACCAACACACUCGAGGAAUUCUUCAGGCAACCAAUGUCUUUUGGUACCGACAAUCUCACCCUCAUCACCACCCAGGUGGGCGCAACGGCUCACCUCCCCUGCGUCGUACACUUCAUUGGAGACGGAGUGGUUUCGUGGAUUCGAAGAAAAGAUUACCAUCUGCUAACAGUAGCUCUCACAACGUAUAGCAGUGAUGAGAGAUUUAGUGCCACCCACCUUAAGACGUCAGAGGUAAGAUGGGAUUGCAUUAAAAUAAUAAACACUUCAAUUUAUCUCGUCACACAAAAUAUCUCUUCCUUCCGCAUGCAGGAUUGGACGCUGCAAAUAAAAUUUGUGCAACCAAGAGAUGCUGGGACCUAUGAAUGCCAAGUCUCAUCUACGCAUCCCCCUCAAUCGAUAUUUCUUCAUUUGAACGUCAUUGAAGCUCGUGCUGAAAUUAUUGGACCUACAGUGAGGUAUUUAACCCCAGAUUCCACACUAAGACUGAUUUGCAGGGUAAUACAAAGCACAGAGACGUCGGAAUUUCUCUUCUGGUACCAAGAUGACCGAAUGAUCAAUUACGAUACAGAUCGUGGUGUUAAUAUUUCAACAGAAUCCGACUACAACUACUCCGAGUUGACAAUUAUGCGAGCCACAAAGCAACACUCUGGGAAUUAUAGCUGUGUACCCAGCAAUUCUCAACCUGCCAGCGUGAUGGUACAUAUCUUUAAAGGCGAUAAUCCCGCUGCGAUGCAUCAUGAUCAUGUGAAUGGGUCACCAUCGAUACUACAAAUCACUCAAAAAUGGCCCAUUUGGGCAUCGACGAUACUUGCUGUGUUAUUUAUUGCAAGGAGGCACCAUUGGUUACAAAUGGAUGUUUUUCACACAGCAAGUUGACUUGGGGUGCUUCUUGGUGUAAACACCAACUGCUGGAAUUAAUGUUUGGAUUUUCAUCUAUAUUGAGUGAGAGCUCCACACCCACACAACCCAUCCAUUCAAUGGGGGGUAAAAGGUGGCAGACAUUACAUAUAAACAGAAUUUAGGUACCUUAUUAACAGUAAAGUAUGUAAAUAUUUUUGUACAGUAAAAUUAUCUGGAAAAAUAUUGUACAUAACCUAUAGAUAUUAUGAAAAUAUUUAAUGUAAA